AUGGGUAGAGUUAUUCGUAACCAAAGAAAGGGUGCUGGUUCUAUCUUCACCUCGCACACCAGAUUAAGAAAGGGUGCUGCCAAGUUAAGAACUUUAGAUUAUGCUGAACGUCAUGGUUACAUUCGUGGUAUUGUCAAGCAAAUCAUUCACGACCCAGGUAGAGGUGCUCCUUUAGCCAAGGUUUCUUUCCGUGAUCCAUACAAGUACAAGUUGAGAGAAGAAACCUUCAUUGCUAACGAAGGUGUUUACACUGGUCAAUUUAUCUACGCUGGUAAGAAGGCUUCCUUAAACGUCGGUAACGUUUUACCUUUAGGUUCCAUGCCAGAAGGUACUAUUGUCUCCAACGUCGAAGAAAAGUCUGGUGACAGAGGUGCAUUAGGUAGAACCUCCGGUAACUACGUUAUCAUUAUCGGUCACAACCAAGAUGAAGGUAAGACCAGAGUCAAGUUACCAUCUGGUGCUAAGAAGAUUCUUUCUUCUGAAGCUAGAGGUGUCAUCGGUGUUGUUGCCGGUGGUGGUAGAAUUGAUAAACCAUUAUUGAAGGCUGGUAGAGCUUUCCACAAAUACAAGGUUAAGCGUAACUCUUGGCCAAAGACCAGAGGUGUUGCCAUGAACCCAGUUGAUCACCCUCAUGGUGGUGGUAACCAUCAACAUAUUGGUAAGGCUUCUACUAUCUCUAGAGGUGCUGUUCCAGGUCAAAAGGCUGGUUUAAUCGCCGCCAGAAGAACUGGUUUAUUACGUGGUACUCAAAAGACUCAAGAUUAG